GUCUUAAUAAUCAUUAAACCAUCAGGGCUGACGUGUUUUGUCCUUGUGUAUAGCUCUGGAAAGGAUUGGCUGAGGACGUUUGAGAGGUUUGGGGGAUUUUUGUUUUCUUUUAAGGAGAUGGGUGACGGAAGACAUUGCAGAGAACAUGAGAGAACAAUAAAAGAAAUGCAGGCACUGGAGUAAGAUGGAACAAACAGGCUUCUAUCGUGUGGUGUGAACAUCUUAAAGAUCCUCCUGUAGCACAUGGUAAAAAUACUGACAUUAAACUCUGCACACACUAAUAGUUUAUUCAGUUCCCAAGCCAGAACUGAAGCAAUACACAAUUACCAGUUAUUAUAGGCUGUUUUCUAAAAACGCCAAUAAACACCGGCCACUAUUUUGUAAUGAGAAUGAUUUGCCAAAAAUUAGGUGUUGGAAUGAGUGAGUUGAAUUACAGUGCUGCUCUUAUGUAACUGAGAAUUAAAAUACUGAUUAUUUUUGAGGAGAAAAAACCACCCACCCUUUUAAAUAUUAAUAUGUCGGGCAAUAAAAAUCACUAGCCUAGCCCCAAUUAGAGCUUCUAACACAAUUAAUAAUUGCCAAUUUCGGAUCUUUUCUGUCCAUUAAAAAACAUGAGAACUGCAUUAAAAUCACUUAAGCUCUUAGGGAGCUCUUCUGAACAGCAUCUCUGCUAAUUGGACCAUAAACACAAACGCACAACUGGUAGAUGUAAUUACUAUCUAAUUCUGAUAGAUAAGACCUCGUUUGCCUUUGGAAUCUUUAUUUUCAUUUAAACUCAGGCUAAGCAUUCGCAUGUUCGCAUCCCUUUAAAUGCUGACCUAUUUCAGGAAUUCCCUUUAAAAUCCCGGCGCUGCCGGCAGCACGGCCUCUCGGCGGAUGCCUGGCUGCCGCUCCCGUCAUUAUUCUCACUCCUCUACCCGGCUGCUACAGCGAGACGAGGUUGGGAUACAGCAGGGCACCGGCUGCGUGGACCAAAGCAGAGCUGCCAGGCGCUGGGUCGGGGGGGGGGGGGGGGGAACCUCACUGUCAUCCCCUGGGACUCAGCGAGCUCCGCUCCGCCCCGCUGCCGCCCACCGGCCCGGCUCUCCCGUCGGCUGCGGGCAGCGCUGGCGGCGGCUCCGGCUGAACGGGAAUCCCUGCAUCCCACAUCCCAGCGAGGGCAUGGCUGCCGUGAGGAGGAAGUUCGGUGAUGAGUACCAGGCGGUGGGCCCGGCCGCUGCCGGUAGCCGCAGAGAGCGGCAGCGUUUUGUGGACAAGAACGGGCGUUGCAACGUGCAACACGGGAACCUGGGAGGUGAGAGCAGCCGUUACCUCUCCGACCUCUUCACCACGCUGGUGGAUCUCAAAUGGCGUUGGAACCUGCUCAUCUUCCUGCUGACUUACACGGUAGCCUGGCUGGUCAUGGCUUCCAUGUGGUGGGGCAUUGCCUACCUGCGAGGUGACCUGCACCGGGCACACGAUGACACCUACAGUCCGUGCGUGGCCAACGUGUACAACUUUCCCUCCGCCUUCCUUUUCUUCAUAGAGACCGAAGCCACCAUUGGCUACGGGCACCGCUACAUUACCGAGCGCUGCCCUGAGGGCAUCGUGCUCUUCCUCUUCCAGUCACUGCUGGGCUCCAUCGUCGACGCGUUCCUCAUCGGCUGCAUGUUCAUCAAGAUGUCACAGCCCAAAAAGAGAGCUGAGACCCUCAUGUUCAGCCGUGCCGCAGUGGUCUCGCAGCGGGAUGGAAAGCUCUGCCUCAUGUUCCGGGUCGGCAACCUCCGCAACAGCCACAUGGUUUCUGCUCAGAUCCGCUGCAAGCUGAUCAAGUCCCGACAGACACCAGAGGGGGAAUUUCUGCCACUAGACCAGUGUGAGCUGGACGUUGGAUUUGGAACUGGAGCUGACCAGCUGUUCUUAGUUUCUCCAUUAACCAUCUGUCAUGAAAUUAACUCAAAGAGCCCCUUUUUCUGUCUCUCACAAAGAUCGCUAAGAAGUGAGCAAUUUGAAAUAGUUGUCAUCCUUGAAGGAAUUGUUGAGACUACAGGAAUGACAUGCCAAGCUAGGACCUCAUAUACAGAAGAUGAAGUUCUUUGGGGUCACAGAUUCCUCCCAGUGAUGUCCCUGGAAGACGGCUUUUUCCGUGUUGAUUAUUCUCAGUUUCAUGCUACAUUUGAAGUCCCCACUCCUCCUUACAGCGUCAAAGAGCAAGAAGAAAACCUGUCUCUGUCAUCCUCUUGGAAUAGUCCUGUUGACAACAAAACCAGAAAAGAAAAGUUUUGUUCACUUGACUGCAUUGAUAUUGCAGAAGAAAAAAGCAAACUCCCUUUUAAACUUCAGAAGAUUAGCUCAAGAAAGGAAGACCUUCCAAAGAGGGUCCUCAGAAUGAGUUCCAGUAACACAGGGAAGACUUGCAGUACCGGGGAUCUCCUGAAUAUUCAAGAAAUGAGUUCUAUCUCCAAUGGUGAAGACGGUGAUGACAGGAUACAGCUGAAAGCCUUAAAAAUGAAUGCUGAGGCUUAGACUCAGUCCAGAAGAUGCCUAAAAGUAUGCGUGCUCUGAAGAUAAAAUUGGAAGAUAAUCUGCCUGCCAAACUUUGCAAAAUAAACUCUGAUCACCUCCCUUAAGAGCAGAAGCAUAUGAGUCAUUGUUCACAACAGCAUUCAAGACUGCUAACCUGAAGGAGUUUUCAUAUAGUAAUGAAAUAAUUAGGUUUUCCUACUUUCUGGAAGGAUGAUUCCUUUUGUAUAAUUGUUCUGUACAGAUCUAAUUUACGUAGCCUAAUAGAAAUUUGAAAGGCAGUAAGGUUAGACUUUUGUGCCAAAGAGGUCCCUGCCCUGAUGUCAUUUAGCAGCAUGCUCAUUGCAAAUCAACAUUGUCUUCCAUACUUGUAGAUGCUUUUUCAUGAAGCAUGGACCAAAUCCUUGGAUGGAUCAUUCUCUGGAAUGAAUUGAACAUUCUCUCAAAGCACUUUUGCUAAUCAUGGCAGUUUAGUUUCAGUUGUUGAAGAUUUGAGAUCAUCCCUAGAAUAGACAACCUUCUCUACAGAAAUGACCAAAAAGAUGUCAGUGAAGAUUUGCACCUCAUGUGUUGGCAUUCAGUACCUCUUUAAAAUGUUACACAGAGUUUUCUGUAGGACUGGCUUGAAUGAGAGGAAAAAAACACUCUUCUGGUUUUAAAGCUGCUUGCCUUACUGAACGUCAGGAUAUGGUGAGAACUGGAAUCCAAUUCAAUCCCAACACAAGAAGGAUGCUGAGUUGUUGGAGUGGCUCCAUGUGAAGAUGACCAAAGGGCUGGAGCACCUCUCCUAUGAAGAAAGGCUGAAGCAGCUGGGCUUGUUAAGGUUAGAGUAGGCUCCAGGAAGACUUUAUCAUGGCAUUUCCACACUUGAAGAGAGCUUAUAAACAGGAGGACUGACUUUUUACACAGUCUGAUAGUGAUAGGACAAGGACAGGUGGCUUUAAACUAAACGAGGGGAAAUUUAGGUUGGAUGAGAGGAGGAAAUCCUUUGCACAGAGGGGGAUGAGGCUCUGGCACUGCUGCCCAGAGAAGCACGGGUGCCCCAUUCCUAGAGGUCCCCAAAGCCAGACUGGAUGGGGCUCUGGGCAGCCUGAUCUGCUGGGGGGCAGCCAGCCCACGGCACAAGGUUGGAGCCUGAUGAUCCUUAAGGUCUCUUCCAGCCCAAUCAUCCAAUGAUUCUUAACCACCCCGUGGUUCUACACUCCCAGCAUAACCCUAUUUCCAUUCAGCCAUUCUGCUGCCUUCCUCUAUAGGUGAAAGCAGUCGUUUUCCUCUCAGCUGGCAGUGCGGGGGGACACAACCCAACCCCAAAGCUGCUCCAUCCCACACUCAGCACAGCAGAGCACUCUGUGAGGGAACGAAUCCCCUGCCCUCCAUGGGCAGAGCAGGCUGAGAUGGAGGGGUGACUGCAGCCCCACGCUGUCAUUUUGCACAGGUGCAGCUGUUCGUGGUUGUUUUUCUUCCCCUUCCCCCUGACCUUCACCAUUAUAUACGUGCUGAAAUCUGUGCUUUUAAACGUACCACGCUGAGAUAUUUAGAUCACCCGCAAUGACUCACCC